AUGGCGGGUUCCGGCGAGGAGGAGGAGGCGGCGGCGGCGGAGGGGGGUCCGUCGCGGACCUUGUUCCUCUGGGACGACGGCAGCCCCAUGCGCUUCUACGUGCGGCCUGGGCUGGCCAAGCUGCGUCUGGCGCCGCUGGUGCUGGCGGGCGGCGGGCGGCUGUGCCGCGUGCAGGAGCCGGGCGCGGUGCUCCUGGCGCAGCCCGGCGAGGCGGCGCCCGGCGGCGCCGUCUCCGCCGAGUACGUGGAGGAGUGCGUGCGGCGCAACCGGAGGCUGCCGCUGGAGAGCUGGCGCCUGCCGUCCGCGCCCCCCGCCGCCGCAGCGGCCCCCGCGCCGCGCGGCCGUUUGGCCUUCACGGCCGCGGAGGACGCGGCGCUGCUGCGGGCGGUGCGCGGGCGGCGCGCGGCGCGGGCGAGCGGCACGGCGCUCUGGAAAGAGCUGGAGCGGCGCCGCCUGACGCGCCACUCUUGGCAGGCCAUGCGCGACCGCUACCUGCGCCACUUGCGCCCCACGCAGCCCCGGCGCGCGGACGCCCCCGGGGAGCCCGCCGCGGAGCUGGGCAUCUUCGCCGCAGCCAACCGGGAGUUUGAGAGCACCGAGUCAGAAAGCGAUGCCUCUGACGUUUCAGAAGGAUUCGCUUCAGAAAACGGAGAGGGAAAGUCCACAGAAGAGACGGCUUCUCCUUUGAAAAUGGGAGAGCAGGACUUGGCUCUCCCUGAUACUCAGCUGCAAGAGGAGGAAAGACAAAAAAGCAUUUGCCCAUCUGCUGCUGCAGUAGGAGAGGCAGUGAAAACUAUACAGCACUUAAUGGAGAAGUUCAGUAUGGACCUGCUCACUGUGACCCAGGCCCUUCUGAAGAAUACUGGUGAGGUGGAGACUACCUUCAACUUUCUGCAGACAGGACAGCGCUUGGACGGGUACCCUGUGUGGAGCAGAGAAGAUGACUUGGAAUUGCAAAAACAUGAUAAAAAUAUCAGAAACAAACUGAUAGCAAAAUUUGGAGCUGAAAAUGUAGCAAAAAGAAUAGCAUUUAGGAAGAGUUAGAAAGUAAAGUAGCAGAGAGUGGCUCAUUUUGGACUGUGCCAAGGACUUAUACAAGCAGAGUCAUUUUGUAUGUGCCAAUGU